GCGGCGGUGGGAAAGAUGGCGGCGGCGGGCAGCGCGGAGCCGUGCGGCGCUCGGCCUUGCGCGGCCGGGUCCGACGGGCAGCCCCGGCCCCGGCCGCAGCCGCGCGCGCCCCUGGCCGCCGGGCCGGCGCUCAUCGCGCGCGGCGAUGAGCUGGUGGCCGCCGUGUGGCCUUACCGGCGGCUGGCGCUGCUGCGGCGCCUCACUGUGCUGCCGUUCGCGGGGCUGCUGUACCCGGCCUGGCUGGGCGCCGCGGCCGCCGGCUGCUGGGGCUGGGGCAGCAGCUGGGCACAGGUGCCCGAGGCCGCGCUGCUUGCGCUCGCCGCCAUCUGCCUGGCGCACGCGCUCACAGUGCUCUCGGGGCACUGGUCCGUGCACGCGCACUGCGCGCUCACCUGCACCCCGGAAUAUGACCCCAACAAGGUGACCAUGGUGAAGGUGGUGCCCACCCCCAAUAACGGCGCCACAGAGCUAGUGUGCCUGCGGCGGGAUGAGGGAGAAGAUGGGCAGGAAGUGCUGUCGUUCGAGUUCCAAAAGAUCAAGUACUCCUACGAUGGGCUGGAGAAGAAGCGCUUUCUGCCGGCCGCCUUCCCCGUGGCCAACCCCUUCUCCUUCUACCAGACCUGCCGGGGCCUGCAGGACACCGCUGAGAUCCGCGCCGCUGAGAAGAAGUUCGGCAGCAACAAGGCCGAGAUGGUAGUGCCUGACUUCUGGGAGCUGUUCAAGGAGAGAGCCACGGCUCCCUUCUUUGUCUUCCAGGUGUUCUGCGUGGGGCUCUGGUGUCUGGACGAGUACUGGUACUACAGCGUCUUCACGCUGUCCAUGCUGGUGGCCUUCGAGGCUUCCCUGGUGCAGCAGCAGAUGCGGAACAUGUCGGAGAUCCGCAAGAUGGGGAAUAAGCCACACAUGAUCCAGGUCUACCGCAGCCGCAAGUGGAGGCCAGUGGCCAGCGAUGAGAUUGUGCCCGGGGACAUUGUCUCCAUUGGCCGCUCCCCGCAGGAGAACCUGGUGCCCUGUGACGUGCUGCUGCUGCGGGGCCGCUGCAUCGUGGAUGAGGCCAUGCUGACCGGGGAGUCGGUGCCCCAGAUGAAGGAACCCAUUGAGGACCUCAGCCCCGAGCGCCUGCUGGACCUCCAGGCCGACUCCCGGCUUCACAUCAUCUUUGGGGGCACCAAGGUGGUACAGCACAUCGCCCCCCAGAAGGCCACCACAGGCCUGAAGCCGGUGGACAAUGGCUGUGUGGCCUUCGUGCUGCGGACCGGCUUCAACACGUCACAGGGCAAACUGCUGAGAACCAUCCUUUUCGGGGUGAAGCGGGUGACGGCCAACAACCUGGAGACUUUCAUCUUCAUCCUCUUCCUCCUGGUCUUUGCUGUGGCUGCAGCCGCCUACGUGUGGAUUGAGGGCACGAAGGACCCCAGCCGCAGCCGCUACAAGCUCUUCCUGGAGUGCACACUCAUCCUCACCUCCGUCGUGCCCCCCGAGCUGCCCAUCGAGCUCUCCCUGGCGGUCAACACGUCCCUCAUCGCCCUGGCCAAGCUGUACAUAUACUGCACUGAGCCCUUCCGGAUCCCCUUCGCGGGCAAGGUGGAGGUGUGCUGCUUCGACAAGACUGGAACCCUCACCAGCGACAGCCUGGUGGUGCGCGGUGUGGCAGGCCUGCGGGACGGGAAGGAGGUGACGCCCGUGAGCGGGCUCCCCGUGGAAACGCACCGGGCGCUGGCCUCCUGCCACUCACUCAUGCAGCUGGACGAUGGCACACUGGUGGGUGACCCCCUGGAGAAGGCCGUGCUCAUGGCUGUGGACUGGACGCUGACCAAAGAUGAGAAAGUAUUCCCCCGAAGUAUAAAAACUCAGGGGCUGAAAAUUCACCAGCGCUUUCAUUUUGCCAGUGCCCUAAAGCGAAUGUCCGUGCUCGCCUCCUACGAGAAGCCGGGCUCCACUGACCUCUGCUACAUCGCAGCCGUGAAGGGGGCCCCCGAAACCUUGCACUCCAUGUUUGCCCAGUGCCCGCCCGAUUACCAUCACAUCCACACGGAGAUUUCCCGGGAAGGGGCCCGCGUCCUGGCGCUGGGGUACAAGGAGCUCGGGCACCUCACCCACCAGCAGGCCCGGGAGGUCAAGCGAGAUGCCCUGGAGAGUGGCCUCAAGUUUGUCGGCUUCGUCGUGGUCUCCUGCCCGCUCAAGGCCGACUCCAAGGCCGUUAUCCGGGAGAUCCAGAACGCCUCCCACCGGGUGGUCAUGAUCACCGGAGACAACCCGCUCACGGCCUGCCACGUAGCACAGGAGCUGCACUUCAUCGACACGGAGCACACCCUGAUCCUGCAGCCGCCUCCCGAGAAGGGUGGCGCCUGUGAGUGGCGCUCCAUUGAUGGCAGCAUCGUCCUGCCCCUGGCUCCUGGCUCGCCCCGUGCCCUGGCGCAGAAGUAUGCGCUGUGCCUCACAGGCGACGGCCUGGCCCACCUGCAAGGCCAGGACCCCCAGCAAUUGCUGCGCCUCAUCCCUCACGUGCAGGUGUUUGCACGCGUGGCCCCCAAGCAGAAGGAGUUCGUCAUCACCAGCCUCAAGGAGCUGGGCUAUAUCACCCUCAUGUGCGGGGAUGGCACCAACGACGUGGGUGCCCUGAAGCACGCCGACGUAGGCGUGGCGCUCCUGGCCAACGCCCCCGAGAGGGUGGUGGAGCGGCGACGGCGGCCCCCCCGGGACAGCCCCGUCCUCAGCGGCGGCGGCAGGAACACCUCCAGGGCCACCAGACAGAAGUCGGGGCUCCCACCCACCGAAGAGCAGUCAGCCUCCCAGCGGGACCGCCUGAGCCAGGUGCUGCGGGACCUCGAGGACGAGAGCACCCCCAUUGUGAAGCUGGGGGACGCCAGCAUAGCCGCCCCCUUUACCUCCAAGCUCUCGUCCAUCCAAUGCAUCUGCCACGUGAUCAAGCAGGGCCGCUGCACGCUGGUGACGACACUGCAGAUGUUCAAGAUCCUGGCGCUGAAUGCGCUCAUCCUGGCCUACAGCCAGAGCGUCCUCUACCUGGAGGGCGUCAAGUUCAGUGACUUCCAGGCCACACUGCAGGGCCUGCUGCUGGCCGGCUGCUUCCUCUUCAUCUCCCGCUCCAAGCCCCUCAAGACUCUGUCCCGAGAGCGACCCCUCCCCAGUAUCUUCAACCUGUACACAGCACUGACCGUGGCACUGCAGUUCUGUGUGCACUUCUUCAGCCUCGUCUACCUGUACCGUGAGGCCCAGGCCCGCAGCCCCGAGAAGCAGGAGCAGUUUGUGGACCUGUACAAGGAGUUUGAGCCCAGCCUGGUCAACAGCACUGUGUACAUCAUGGCCAUGGCCAUGCAGAUGGCCACCUUCGCCAUCAACUACAAGGGCCCACCCUUCAUGGAGAGUCUCCCCGAGAACCGGCCACUGGUGUGGAGCCUGGCCUUGUCCCUGCUGGCCGUCGUCGGCCUGCUCCUGGGCUCCUCACCUGACCUCAACAGCCAGUUUGGCCUGGUGGACAUCCCAGUGGAGUUCAAGGUGGUCAUCGGCCACGUGCUCGUGCUGGACUUCUGCCUGGCGUUCCUGGCUGACCGCAUCCUCCAGUUCUUCCUGGGAACCCCAAAGCUGAAAGUGCCUUCCUGAGAGGGCAGUGGCAGCACCCGCUGUGCCCCUGGCCCCCUGGCAGGCAGAGCCACUUGGGGUUUGGACUGAGGGGGACCCCGGGGCCUGCGGGGGGCAGAAUCCACCCAGGAAGCACCUCU